GUAAUUUGUUAUUAUUUCCAAACCUCCAAAGGCUUCAGAUUUCAGAAGUUCAGAUGUGCUACGCUUCAGAGGAGGCGUAAUUUAGACUUUGCAUUAUUGCUUACUCCAGCAUAUUUCAGUGAUUUCAGUUGCUAGUUGCUUUUCUGACUAAAAAUGUCGUGGCUGGGAAGAUCCUGCUGUCUUUUCUUGUUUCUUGCUCUAAUAGGGUUGGCAAUUGGAGGCACAGAAGAUAAUGAGGUUGCAUCACAACAUGAGAGAAAUUCAUGGAUAAAAAAGUGGAAACUUCCUCAACUUUUCAACCAACCACCUUUUCCAAAAGACUCUCCAUCUCCUCCUUCCUGGAGUUCAGCUUAUAUAAGUGAAGGAGUUCUCCAUCUUCCAUAUGCUGAAAUAGACGAAAACUUUUAUGCCUGGGUGGAUUUUGAUAGUGGAAAAAGCCGAAUUGAUUUUUAUGGAGGAAUGGAGAAAACCUACCAGCUAGCAAAUGAAGGACCAUAUGGCACAGCCAAGAAAAUUGCCCCUAUGACCACUGAGACAGUUAAAAAUCAGCUAAAUUGUUUCCAAACAUCUGGUAGUGCUGAUGAACCAGUAAAAGUCCAAGGAGUUUUGCCUGAUAUCUCAAACUUUAAGCUGAUUGGCACUGAAAUUAUGAAUGGUGUGAGUUGUGAAAAGUGGGAGUAUAUCAAUUCUGUCGGCGAUAAAACUAAUCGCUACACAAUGUGGCUCCAGCACCAAUUCGCUGGAACUCGUCAACAAAUCGCUGUACCCGUUCGAUAUGAAAUGAAAGGAUUCAACUCCCUUUUGGGUUCUCAUUAUGACCAUUAUUAUCUGGAUUAUUCUAGCUUCACAGCAGAAAAACCUAAUGAAGAUGCAUUCAUGAUCGACUCCGAUGUAGGCGAAUGCCAUGGAUUCCCCGGUCCCGGUGUCGACCAUAUUUACACAUUUAACCCCAUGCGUGAAUUCGCUCAUGAUCACACUCAGCAUGUGGACGAUACAUUUGACUCGUUCGUCCGUCAUCAUAAGAAGGGUUACAAAAAUACAACUGAACACGAAAAUCGCAAAGAUAUUUUCAGACAGAAUAUGAGAUUCAUCCAUUCAAAAAAUCGCGCUGGAUUAACUUAUAAGCUAGCACCGAAUCACAUGACUGACCGGACUUCAGAUGAAAUCCGUUACAUGCGUGGAAAACUGCGCUCCAAUGGGUUCAAUGGUGGCUCGACAUUCCACUACACUAAGAGUGAUGUUGAAAAUCUUCCAGAGCAAAUGGAUUGGCGGCUUUAUGGAGCUGUCACUCCUGUUAAAGACCAAAGUGUGUGUGGUUCGUGUUGGAGUUUUGGAACUGUAGGAACUCUUGAAGGAGCCCUCUUCCUCAAAACGGGUAAACUGACUCCACUCUCACAACAGGCUCUUGUUGAUUGCAGUUGGGGUUUUGGCAAUAACGGUUGCGACGGUGGUGAAGAUUUCCGAGUAUACCAGUGGAUGAUGAAGCACGGAGGUAUUCCUUCAGAGGAGAGUUAUGGACCUUACUUGGGUGCUGAUGGUUAUUGCCAUGUAGACAAUGCGACUCUCGUAGCCUCCAUUAAAGGCUAUGUUAAUGUAACAUCAGGAGACGUCGAUGCGUUGCGUGUUGCCAUCUUUAAGUAUGGCCCAAUCUCCGUUGCUAUCGAUGCUGCGCAUCGUGCAUUUUCUUUUUACGCCAACGGAGUUUACUACAAUCCUGAAUGCGGCAGCGGAGAAGACAGCUUGGACCACGCUGUUUUAGCUGUAGGGUAUGGAAUUCUAAAAGGCGAGCCAUACUGGUUGGUAAAAAAUUCGUGGUCGACUUAUUGGGGAAAUUCUGGGUAUGUUUUGAUGUCACAAAAAGAAAAUAAUUGUGGCGUCGCGACUUCACCUACUUAUGUGAUCAUGUGAGAUUCCAAACAUUAAA